GUAUAAAAAAUGAUACAAAUAUUGAAAAAACAAAUUCCAAAGCAUUUUAAAAAACAUAGAAAUGUUAAUACAUGGUCAGCUCUGGCAACAGCAUUUAAUACUAUUACUAAAGAAAAGUUUAAACAUCAUCUGAAAAAAGAAACUGGAUUGUUUGGUAUACCUGAGUUAAAAACUCCAGAAGGAUUUCACAUUUUGAAGGAUAAUGCAAUAUCCCAGACAAAUAUGCUUAUAACAGAAUCUAUUAAUCCAAAUAGGACACAUAAGAUGGUAGAAAUUUUUGAUGAUAUGUCUGAUACUUUAUGUAAAGUUGCAGAUUUAGCAGAGUUUAUCAGAAUUGCACAUCCGGAUAAACAAUAUGUUGAAGCUGCAGAGUCUACUUGCUUAUCUGUCAGUGAUAUGGUGGAAAAGUUGAAUACUCAUCGUGAAAUAUAUGAUGCAUUGAAGCAUGUAGUAGAUAAUGGAGAUAUUCAGAAAACAUCUACUGUUGAUGAUCAUGUUGCAAAAUUGUUCUUGCAUGAUUUUGAACAAUGUGCUAUACAUUUGCCGGAGUCUAUAAGGGAACAUGUUGUACAAUUAAAUUAUUACAUAUUACAAGUUGGCCAAAAAUUCAUGGCAGGUACUGGUAAUGCAAGAGCUGUAGAUGUUAACAUUCUUCCAGCAAGUAUAAGACAGUAUUUUACAGUAAAAGAUAAUAAAGUAAUAGUACAAGGACUUUAUGUAGAUUCUUCUAAUUAUCUGGUUAGAGAAGCAGCAUACCGCGUAUUUUUAUAUCCAGAUGAAGAACAAGAAUAUCUGCUGCAAGAAUUGUUAAAUUCAAGAUAUAAUUUGGCUAAACUAUGCGGAUUUCCAUCGUACGCUCAUCGAGCAGUAAAAGGAAGUACAGUAGAAACACCUGAAGUAGUACAUGAAUUUCUUGACAUUUUGAAUAAGAAUAUAAAAUCCAAAGCACAGCAGGAUUUUAAAGAGAUGCAGAAGAUGAAAGAUUCUGAAUCUCUUACAAAACAGAAUAUAAUGCUAUGGGACACUACUUACUUUACGCUAAAAGCAAAAAAAACUUGGUUGAAUACAUCCCUUAAUGAAUUUACACCAUACUUUUCACUUGGUUCUUGUAUGGAUGGUAUUAACAAUUUGACCAAAGCAUUGUACGGUGUUAAAUUAGAAUCUAUGCCAGUUUUACCUGGUGAAGUUUGGGCAAAUAAUAUACACAAAAUUGCAGUGAUAGACGAAAAUGAAACAGUUUUGGGUUACAUAUAUUGUGAUUUCUUUGAAAGAGAAGGGAAACCUAAUCAAGAUUGUCAUUUUACUAUUAGAGGUGGAAGAGAAUUACCAGAUGGAUCUUACCAAAAUCCAAUAGUAGUAUUGAUGUUAUCUUUACCGCUUCCAACAUGGAAUAAGCCAUGCUUAUUGAGCCCUGCUUCUGUAGAAAAUUUAUUUCAUGAAAUGGGUCAUGCAUUACAUUCUAUGUUAGGUAGAACAAAAUAUCAACAUGUAACUGGAACUAGAUGUAGUACGGAUUUUGCAGAAGUUCCUAGUAUAUUGAUGGAAUAUUUUGCAAGUGAUCCAAGAGUUGUAUCUACAUUUGCAAAACACUUUGAAACUCUGGAACCCAUACCACCAAUGUUAUUAGAAAAAUUGUAUACCUCAAAAAAUAUAUUUUGUGCUUCUGAGUUACAAAAUCAGAUAUGUUAUAGUAAAUUGGAUCAAGUUUAUCAUAGUAAAAAGUUGGAAAAAUCAACAACUGACGUUUUAAGAGAAGUACAAGAAAAAUACUAUGAACUUCCUUAUGUUGAAAAUACGGCAUGGCAGUUAAGAUUUUCUCACCUAGUCGGUUACGGUGCAAAGUAUUAUUCUUAUUUAAUCUCUCGAGCAAUUGCUUCUUGGAUAUGGCAAACUUAUUUCCAAACAGAUCCCCUUAAUCGAACAGCUGGCGAUCGGUAUCGAAAAGAGUGUUUAGCACAUGGAGGUGGUAAACCACCUUCCAAACUAGUAUCUGACUUCUUAAAUCAAGAAGCUAGUGCUAAUAAUUUCGCAAAGUCUUUACUUAACGAAAUUGAUAUGAAAACUGAACACGUACAAAAAAUUAGAGGAUAAUAUUAGCUAUUCCAGUAACAAUAAUUGACAUAGUAAACACCUAAAAAAAUAAGAUAUUUAUAAAAUUUUUUUAUAAUGAACAAAAAUUUUAUAAAAACGAAUAUUAAUACGUAUAUAUAUAAUAUUGUA